UCAUUCCUCCCAGAACAAAGUAGACUCCAUUCCCAUCUCCCCUUUCUGACCGUCCAUCAGGCUCAUACAUUUACCGACAAGAAGCACCCAUCCCCAAAGCCGUGAGGAUGGGCAAGCCAGAGUCAAAGUCGCCCAUCUCCUCGAUGUUCUCCAGGGCCUUCCGCAGACCAAAUGCCACUCCCUCCAGCACAGCCGCUCCGAGCGAUUCUUUGGCGCCCCCUCCAUCAUACACGGAAGCCACAAGCCAUUCGGCGUCCACAGGCGAAGACCCGCACGCUUUCUUGUCUGCCUUUGACACCAUCUUCUUGAUCGAUGACUCGGCCUCGAUGCGUGGCAGCAGGUGGGAGGAGACGCGGAAGGUGCUCGAGGCUAUUGUGCCUAUCUGCACGGCUCACGAUGAAGAUGGCGUCGACAUCUACUUCCUAAACCACAAGACGGACCAGCCAGAGGACCGUGCCAAGGGCUCGGCGGGCACCGGUUAUCGCGGCGUCAGAGAUCCCAAGCAUGUGCAGAGCAUAUUCGAUCAGGUGCAACCUAGAAAUGGGACGCUUACAGCUAGGAGACUUUGGUACAUUCUCAGGCCAUACACCAACCUGUACAAGAAGAAGGUGGAUGAAACCGGCGACGAGACGUGCCUGAAGCCGCUCAACAUCAUUGUCAUCACAGACGGAGCGCCGAAUGAUGAGCCAGACCAGGUGAUUGUCAAGGUUGCCAAGAUUCUCGACGACAAGGAUGCGCCGUUAUACCAGGUCGGAAUCCAGUUCUUCCAGGUGGGAAACGACCCAGAAGCAACCAAGGCUCUCCGGGAUAUGGACGACCAGCUCAGCUCCGGCAACAACGCCGGCAUGCGGGACAUCGUUGACACGACGACAUUCGAUGCCAGACCUGAUCUCACCAAGACCGGCACCAGUUUCCUUCGGGGGAGGCACACCAGCACACAGCUUACUUCUGAAACAGUUCUCAAGGUCGUCCUCGGUGCUGUAGUCCGAAGACUCGAUCGUGUAGAGACUCGUCGAUCUUGAUGCGACGCAGGGUCGGACAUUUGUUUGAGAGCCUCUAGGCAAGGGGAACCAGCAUAUAUGCAAGCACCUAAUACUGCGACUUGAGACCUUGGAGCCUUGCAGGUCCACCGGAUUGAAUGGUGCUUAGCAGGAGUUCUGGUGCAAUGGGCGCUUUCGGGAUGCUUCAUUCGGGAUUCAUUACGGCAACAACGGCCAGGACUAGAGAUGCAUCCGAGUAGGCGUUCAAGGAUACCCACAAGAAGACAUUGCUUAGAGAAUGGCUUCCGAAAGCCUCUGCACAGGACGACAGACUUAAUCAUAACAAUAAACUGCGGUGAACAUCCUUGCCAGGCAUAUCUGACACAUUAAUUGAGCAUUGGCACCGACAGAGC